AAAUGAGUAAGAGACGGGAAGAGACAGAGAUCAGAGAGGGAGAGAGACAGAGGUGAGACGGGGAGACAGGGGACAGUCUGAAAGAAAGGGAGAGCGAGAAGAAGAGGCCAUAAGAGACCCAGAGGGUGUGUGAGAGCAGAGAAGUGAGACAGGCCGAUGAGGGGCAGCCCCUGACGGGCACUGGACGGAGCACCCACACCGCCCUCUUGCCCCCUGUCCUUGGGACCCGGAGCUGCCUCCUCCGACCUGCGAGCCCCUGACCUCGGCUCUGUCCCCAGCCGGGUUAGCUGCAGGGACGCGCACACAGUCCCUUUCUUUCUCGCCCUCGAUGGAGGAGGGCCGGCCUCGGAGCAGCCUCAGCCUGGCCAGCAGCGCCUCUACCAUCUCGUCGCUCAGUAGCCUGAGCACCAAGGACAGCUCCGGGCUCCGGCUCUGGAAACGCCGCUGGUUCGUCCUCUCUGGCCAUUGCCUCUUCUACUACAAGGACAGCCGCGAGGAGAGCGUCCUGGGCAGCGUUCUGCUCCCCAGCUACAGCGUCCGGCCGGACGGGCCCGGAGCCCCCCGGGGGCGGCGCUUCACCUUCACCGCGGAGCAUCCCGGCAUGAGGACCUACGUCCUGGCGGCCGACACCCUGGAGGACCUGCGCGGAUGGAUCCGCGCGCUGGGCAGGGCCUCCCGCGCGGAGGGAGAUGAUGGCCUGUUCACACCCCUCUCUCGCCCGCCCUCCCCUCUGAGUCUCCCCCGGCCCCGGUCGGCCCCUGCCCGCAGGCCCCCUCCCUCCUCCUCGGGUGACACCCCACUCCCGGCCAGACCCCAUACCCCACUGAGUCGCAUCGACGUGCGCCCUCCCUCGGAAUGGGGCCCCCAGCGCCAGGCCCUUUCCCGGCCUCCCACUCCUCGCCGAGGACCCGCUUCCGAGGCUGGGGGAGGAAGGCCCCCCCGGAGCCCCCAGCCGUGGCAUCAGGAGGCCAGGACGCAGGUCCCCUCUGGCUCCUCCACUUAUAUCCAGCUGCCCCCAAGAUCUCCUGGGACUCGGGCUUCCAUGGUUUUAUUGGAGCAGCUAGAAGCAGCCCUGGAGCUGACCAGGCAGCAGCUGGGCCAAGCAGCCAGGGAGGCUGCGGCUCCCCCGCGGGCCUGGGGGCGCCAGCGCCUCCUUCAGGACAGACUGGUCAGUGUGAGGGCCACUCUUUGUCACCUGACUCAGGAGCGAGAGCGGGUUUGGGACACGUACAGCGGCCUGGAGCAGGAGCUGGGCACCUUGAGAGAGACCCUGGAGUACCUGCUGCACCUCGGGUCCCCCCAGGACAGAACGUCCGCUCAGCAGCAGCUGUGGAUGAUGGAAGACACCCUGGCAGGUCUGGGGGGCCCCCAGAAACCACCCCAAAGCACUGAGCCUGACUCCCCGUCUCCUGCACUCCAAGGCGAGGAGUCUUCAGAGAGAGAGAGUCUGCCUGAAUCCUUGGAACUGAGCUCACCCCGGUCCCCAGAAGCCGACUGGGGGCGGCCCCCCGGGGGGGACAGAGGCCCUGCCAGCCCUCGCUCAGGUGUUGGAUCUCCCAGGAUCUCCCAGGCUUCGAGCCGCGAGGGUCGCUGCCCUCCCUCCCCACAGCCAGGAGCCAAGCCCCCCCAGGCCCGGCCCCGGAUGAGUGCUCAGGAGCAGCUGGAGAGGCUCCGUAGGAACCAGGAGUGCGGACGGCCUCUCCCUCGCCCCGCCUCUCCGCGGCUCCUCACUCUGGGGAGGACCCUGUCCCCCGCACGGUGCCAGCCUGACGCGGAGCAAAAGGGUGAGGGGAGCAGAGAGGCGGUGGGGUGGCGGGGUGUGAGGCUCCUGGUGUGAGGCUCGUUGUCCCUCUCCGGAAAAUGGGGGUGCGCCCUUCCUA